ACUAAAGGAGGGUGGAUUAUCGCACAAGUAAAAGCUUGUCUGCAGCCUGCAGCAGGCAGGUUUGUACAGAAGUCAGUUCUGAUAAAGUCCGGCUUCUUGCCUGGACUUCACACAUCCAACAACUCGGAAGGCAGAGCAGAGAAACUAAUGGGGUGUGGACAUACUGAAGUUUGUGGUGUUCCUUUACCAUGUUGUGAGUGACUGAUCUAGUUGGGAGCGAUCAAACAGCAAUGACUUUGAAAUGGCAUACAGUCGCAUUUCAAGAGCUGUGCAGAUUUGUACCCUUCCUGCUGAGUGUCUGUAUUUACUUUGUAUUGGCACCACAGUCUUCCUGUCCCUUGUGGGUGAAGGCCUUUUUCAAAUGCUUGCCCAUUUUGUUUCUGUGUACAUACAUUUUGACUCAUGAAAUAAACAUGUACACACACCCCAAAGCUCAAAAGCUCCUUGCAGGCCUCCUAUUUUCAGCAGCAGGAGAUAUCUUCCGGACCACUUCUCCACAGCUAUAUCAUUGCCAUGGAGAAUCCAUGUUUGGACUUGCGCACAUUUUCUACAUCUGGAUGUUUGGCAUAAAACCUCUAAACCUGUUAGCAGGUAUUUUCCUCGUGGCUGUUGGCACCAUAUAUAUGCUGUUCCUAAAAAGAUGCGUCUGGGACCAAAAGCCCUUCCAGUGGGCAGCCUACAUCUACAUAUUAUUAAUUGGAACUAUGGCCUGGCGUGCUAGUGCUAGCACACUCUUCAGUCAGAACUGGUCCUGGAUCAAAUUGUUUGCCACAAUUGGAGGAAUACUUUUUAUAGUAUCUCAUUUCACUUAUGCUGUCAACAUGUAUUGCUUUCCCAUGUAUAAUGCUGGAAUUAUUACAGCGACUUAUUAUACAGCACAGAUGUUUAUCACACUUUCAAUUGUAAAGACUAAGCAUGAGUGAUCAAAAACCAAAAGGAAAGCAAGUUGCCAUUGUCUUCAAUGAUGUAUAUGUCAUUCUGCACCUGAUAAGAUAUUAAGGAAAUGCCUACUGGAAAUAAAGGUCAAUUAUUUUCACUGAAGCAAA